AUGCAAGCUUCCAGAGGGCCCGGAUCUGAGUCCGGUUACAACUCCCCGCCUGCUUCCCCAUCUCUCCAACAAGGCGCAUCUCCUAUCCAUCCAGAAUCUUUUCCUCCCCCCGAUUCCAGGCAUCGCCCAGAAACCAUCCAGCGUUAUUAUACCCGCAAUGCCACUAAUCCUGAGCAGUACAAUCUUCCCACCCAGUACACCCAGCGUCCCGGGUACAACCAGACCGGCAGAUCGGUCAACGUCAACGUCAACGCGUUCCGAGUCAUACAGUAUCCUUCUGUCAAGGUCUUCCAGUAUGAUGUUGUCAUCGGCAGUGGAGUAGAGAAGCGGGGUCUCAACCGCAAGGUCUGGAACUCUCAAGUUCGCAAGACCGCCACAGGUCCGCCCAUCAUCUACGAUGGCGUUCGUCUUGCAUGGUCCCUGAAGGACUACAACGAGAUUCGCCUCAUGGUUGACCUCGAUCAGGAAGAAGGUCGUCCUCCUUCUCAAGAUGGCAAGAAUACUUUCCGUCUUCACAUCAAGAGAACCCGAAUGCUUGACAUCAGCCUCAUUCAGCAGUUCCUAGAAGGUCGUGUGCAGCUCGAUGAGAAAGUCGCAGAAGCGAUUACAUUCAUGGACCAUCUUCUCCGGGAAACGCCGUCGUCCUCCCCGCAGUUUGUCUCCGUGAAGCGAAGCCUCUUUAGACGUCAAGGUCAGCGUGCUGAUCUGGGCGGUGGCAUCGAGGUUUGGCGUGGCGUUUAUCAGUCCAUUCGUCUUGCGGAAGGCAAGAAGUUGGUCGUCAACUUGGACGUCGCAAACACCUGUUUCUGGAGACCAACCUCUUUGACUUCAACCAUCGUCACCAAAUAUCCAGAAGUCAGGGACAUCAAUGAUGUUAUCGAGAAAAUGGAACCGGAGCAAACCAACGGUCAUCGAACCAGCAGCUUUUUUCACAGAAAUGUAGAGGCUGCUUUCAAGGGCGUUACGGUCAAGGCUGUGUACAAGGGCAAUCCAUUCCCCAAUAAAGAGUGGAAAAUCCAUCGAUUUGAUGAAAACAAUGCCAACGAAGAGAUGAUCGAAUGGAAGGAUCCAACUACUAAGAAACUUACCGGUGAGAGGGUCUCUGUAUACCAGUACUUCAGACGCAAAUACAACAUCACCCUGCAAUAUCCCCGACUACGAUUGGUUCAGAUGACCAAGAAGGGUGUCAAGUAUCCUCUGGAAUUCCUCAACAUUGUCGAGGGCCAGCGAUACGGCGCAAAGCUGAGCGAGAUCCAGACCGCCAACAUGAUCAGGUUCGCCGUCUCUCCUCCAAACGUCCGACUCCAAGCCAUCAAUGAGGGCAAAGGCUGGUUGAACUGGGACGGUGACCCAUUUUUGACAAACUACGGACUUCGCAUCAGCCAGACGCCGAUCAAGAGCACUGCGCGCAUUCUCCCAGCGCCUGGGAUCCAAUUCGGCAACAAGCUUGACCAACCUGGUACGCGAGGUCGUUGGGACCUCAAGGGGAAGACUUUCUUCACCCGUAACCCUCAGAUACUUGAGUCUUGGGGAGUCGGCGUCUUCACCGGUCGUUUCAAGCCUGAUCGAGCUGUGAUUGAUCAGUUUGUCCUUGAUUUCGCCCGCGCUUAUCGUGGCCACGGCGGCCAGGUUGCAAGCAACCCGCCUUUUGUCACCGUGCUCAAUCAGGAUGUCGGCGCCGCCGUUGCCGCACUACACCAAUCAACCGGCAAUCAUCACCAACGUCGACCACAGCUCCUGAUCUUCUUGGUCCAAGACCGAAAUGCCUUCCACUAUCUUCGAAUCAAGAAGUCCUGCGACUGUCGCUUCGGUGUCGUUUCGCAAGUCAUGCAGAUUCAACAAGUCCUGAAGGGUAACCCUCAGUACUACUCCAAUGUCUUGAUGAAGGUCAACGCCAAACUAGGCGGUACAACAUCUCAAGCUGUGCCCCACAAAGACAGCGGUUUCAAACGGUUCUCUGUCCCGACAAUGAUCAUCGGUGCUGACGUCUCGCAUGCUUCACCCGGCAGUCAGCAGGCCUCGAUGGCGGCUAUAACCGUUUCAUUCGAUCGAUUUGGUGGCCGUUACGUCGCUGCUUGUCAAACCAACGGCCGUAAAAUGGAAAUGAUCUCAGAGGCCAACUGGCGUGAUAUCUUGAGACCUCUUGUGACCGAGUGGAUGUCGCAGGUUGGCGGCGGCCGACCUCCUCAGCAAGUCUACUACAUACGCGACGGAGUCUCUCAGGAUCAGUUCGCCCAUGUGCUCAACCGGGAAGUGCCUCAUAUCAGACAGGUGCUCGAGGCCUGCAUCGAUGGCAAGAAGUUCGAAGGCAAGCUUACGACCAUCAUCGCAAGCAAGCGCCACCAUGUCCGUUGCUUCCCCGACAGAGAAGGUGCGGACAACAAAGGCAACCCUCUGCCGGGCACGCUGGUCGAGAGAGACGUUACUACACCUACCGAAUUUGAUUUCUAUCUCUACUCACACAUCGCGUUGCAAGGAACUUCCCGUCCGGUGCACUACAGUGUCAUCCUUGACGAGGCCAAACACCGUCCGGAGCAGAUCCAAAACAUGAUCUACGAGCAUUGCUACCAAUACAUGCGCUCGACGACUUCCGUGUCGCUUCAUCCGGCGGUCUACUACGCUCAUCUGGCCUCCAACCGUGCAAAGGCUCACGAAGAUGUCCCUGCCACUGCCGGUCCCCAAGGCGGUGCUGGGUUCAAGCAGAAGGAUCCAGACAAAAGCAAAAGCUCUGAGCCUUCCGAGUCCGAGAUCAAAUCACUCAUGCCCCUUUUCAACGUCCAAGGCAUCGUCUUCUCCAUGUGGUACAUCUAA